AUGUCCCAAGGAAUUUUGGACUUUGAGUGCCCGAUUUGUUAUGAUGAAUUCGAUCAUGCCUACAAACGACCGAUGACGAUGAAUUGUGGGCACUCGGUUUGCGAGGAUUGCUCCAAUAAGGGGAUGGGCACUAUGAAAACCUGCCCGAAAUGUCGCACGUUAAUCACAACAAGAGCCAUCAAUUUCUCUCUUUUGGGAGCAAUCGAGCAAUUCGCGCAACAAAAGGCUGAACUAUUGGAGUUGAGGGCGAGACAGAGCGCUCAGACUCGAGAACAAAAUGUAACAUCGGGAACUCUCGACGAGCUGAAGAAUUCUUUAGGGAACCUCAAAUUGGAGAGUGAGGCAAUGCAAAGGCAAAGGGCUCAAGAGACGCUUGCGCAAAUCAAUUACCUUCAAAACCAAGUUCACCAGCAAGUGAAUCAGAGACAAAUCACGGAUCUCAAUGUGCAGAUCAUUGCGCUACAGAAUCGCUUGAGCCGCGAGAAUCAGAGCAAGGAUCGCCGAGUGGAGGAGUUGGAAGCUAAAAUCCUGGAAAUGCAACACAAGCAACAGCAGCCACAAACGCCGAGAGUCGAUCCAGUGAUGGAGGCGAAAAUUGCCGAGCUUGAGCGAAAGUUGGAGAGUUCGAUGCAAACAAGCGGUGAUAUUCAGUUAACCGGA